AGCACCCCUUCCUUCUCCCUCGCUUGUCACGGAGAUCACCCCCGUGUAUUUCCUCCGGGGCUGGCGGGCUGUGAUCAGGGAUAGGAGCAGUUCGGGGGAAGCUGGAGACCUGAGAAACGGGGCAUGACCUCCCUCUGGUGUCCCGCCGCCGCCUCCUCGGGACGCGACCCUUGAAGGCUAGUGGUGAGGUCCUGGCGUCGGAAGGCAGAAAUUCUCAAGGGAAACCAAGAGCCUGUGAGCCCUGGCACCUCUACUCAGAGAAGAUGAAGGAUAUUGACAUAGGAAAAGAGUAUAUCAUCCCCAGUCCUGGUUACAGAAAUGAGAGGGAGAGAGCCAACACUUCCGGGCAGCACCGAGACCGAGAGGAUUCCAAGUAUAGGAGAACUCGACCGUUGGAAUGCCAAGAUGCCUUGGAAACAGCAGCCCGAGCUGAAGGCCUUUCCCUGGAUGUUUCUAUGCAUUCUCAGCUCAGAAUCCUGGAUGAGGAACAUCCCAAGGGAAAGUACCAUCAUAGCUUAAGUGCUCUGAAGCCCAUCCGGACCACUUCCAAACACCAGCACCCAGUGGACAAUGCUGGGCUCUUCUCCUGUAUGACUUUUUCCUGGCUUUCUCCUCUGGCCCGCACGGCCCACAGGAAGGGGGAGCUCUCAAUGGAGGAUGUGUGGUCUUUGUCUAAGCACGAGUCUUCUGAUGUGAACUGCAGAAGACUAGAGAGACUGUGGCAAGAAGAGCUGAAUGAAGUUGGGCCAGACGCUGCUUCCCUCCGAAGGGUUGUGUGGAUCUUCUGCCGCACCAGGCUCAUCCUCUCCAUCGUGUGCCUGAUGAUCACGCAGCUGGCUGGCUUCAGUGGACCAGCCUUCGUGGUGAAACACCUCUUGGAGUACACCCAGGUCACAGGUUCUGACCUCAAGUACAGCUUGCUGUUAGUCUUGGGCCUCCUCCUGACGGAAAUCGUGCGCUCUUGGUCACUUGCGCUGACUUGGGCAUUGAAUUACCGAACUGCUGUCCGCUUGCGGGGGGCCAUCCUAACCAUGGCAUUUAAGAAGAUCCUUAAGUUAAAGAACAUUAAAGAGAAGUCUGUGGGUGAGCUCAUCAACUUGUGCUCCAAUGAUGGGCAGAGGAUGUUUGAGGCGGCCGCCGUUGGCAGCUUGUUGGCUGGAGGACCCGUUGUUGCCAUCUUGGGCAUGAUUUAUAAUGUCAUUAUUCUGGGACCAACAGGCUUCCUAGGAUCAGCUGUUUUUAUCCUCUUUUAUCCAGCAAUGAUGUUUGUAUCACGGAUCACUGCAUAUUUCAGGAGAAAAUGUGUGGCCACCACAGAUGACCGUGUCCAGAAGAUGAAUGAAGUCCUCACCUACAUUAAAUUUAUUAAAAUGUAUGCCUGGGUCAAAGCAUUUUCUCAAAUUGUUCAAAAAAUCCGAGAGGAGGAACGUCGGAUAUUGGAAAAAGCUGGGUACUUUCAGAGCAUCACUGUCGGGGUGGCUCCCAUUGUGAUGGUGAUCGCCAGCGUGGUGACGUUCUCUGUUCACAUGACCCUUGGCUUCGACCUGACAGCAGCACAGGCUUUCACAGUGGUGACUGUCUUCAAUUCCAUGACUUUUGCUUUGAAAGUUACACCGUUCUCAGUAAAAUCCCUCUCAGAAGCAUCGGUUGCUGUCGACAGAUUUAAGAGUUUGUUUCUAAUGGAAGAGGUUCACAUGAUAAAGAAAAAACCAGCCAGUCCUCACAUCAAGAUAGAGAUGAAAAAUGCCACCUUGGCAUGGGACUUCUCCCACUCCAGUAUCCAGAACUCACCCAAGCUGACCCCCAAAACGAAAAAAGACAAGAGGGCUGCCAGGGGCAAGAAAGAGAAGGUGAGGGAGCUGCAGCGCACUGAGCAUCAGGCGGUGCUGGCAGAGCAGAAGGGCCACCUCCUCCUGGACAGUGACGAGCGGCCCAGUCCUGAGGAAGAAGAGGGCAAGCAUGUCCACCUGGGCAACCUCCGCUUACAGAGGACGCUGUACAACAUCGACUUGGAAAUCGAAGAGGGUAAACUGGUUGGAAUCUGUGGCAGUGUGGGAAGUGGAAAAACCUCUCUCAUUUCAGCCAUUUUUGGCCAGAUGACACUUCUAGAGGGCAGCAUUGCAGUCAGUGGAACCUUCGCUUAUGUGGCCCAGCAGGCCUGGAUCCUCAAUGCCACUCUGAGAGACAACAUCCUCUUUGGGAAGGAAUUUGAUGAAGAAAGAUACAACUCUGUGCUGAACAGCUGCUGCCUAAGACCUGACCUGGCCAUUCUUCCCCAUAGUGACCUGACUGAGAUUGGUGAGCGAGGAGCCAACCUGAGUGGUGGGCAGCGCCAAAGGAUCAGCCUUGCCCGGGCCUUGUAUAGCGACCGGGACAUCUACAUCCUGGACGACCCCCUCAGUGCCUUAGAUGCCCAUGUGGGCAACCACAUCUUCAACAGUGCUAUCCAGAAGCACCUCAAGUCCAAGACGGUUCUAUUUGUUACCCACCAGUUACAGUACCUGGCUGAUUGUGAUGAAGUGAUCUUCAUGAAAGAGGGCUGUAUCACAGAAAGAGGCACCCAUGAGGAACUGAUGAAUCUCAAUGGUGAUUAUGCUACCAUUUUUAAUAACCUGUUGCUGGGAGAGACUCCCCCAGUUGAGAUUAAUUCAAAAAAGGAAACCAGUGGUUCACAGAAGAAAACCCAAGAGAAGGGUCCUAAAACAGGAUCAGUCAAGAAGGAGAAAGCCGUGAAGCCAGAGGAAGGGCAGCUCGUGCAAGUGGAAGAGAAGGGGCAGGGUUCAGUGCCCUGGUCAGUAUAUGGUGUCUACAUCCGGGCUGCUGGGGGCCCUUUGGCAUUCCUGGUCAUCAUAUCCCUUUUCAUGCUGAACGUGGGCAGCACCGCCUUCAGCAACUGGUGGUUGAGUUACUGGAUCAAGCAAGGAAGUGGGAACGCCACAGUGAUGCAAGGGAACAAGACCUCUGUGAGCAGCAGCAUGAAGGACAAUCCCCUCAUGCAGUACUAUGCCAGCAUCUACGCCCUCUCCAUGGCAGUCAUGCUGAUCCUGAAAGCCAUUCGAGGAGUGGUCUUUGUCAAGGGCACACUGCGAGCCUCCUCCCGGCUCCAUGAUGAGCUUUUCCGAAGGAUCCUUCGAAGCCCUAUGAAGUUUUUCGACACUACCCCCACGGGGAGGAUUCUCAACAGGUUUUCCAAAGACAUGGAUGAAGUCGACGUGCGCCUGCCGUUCCAGGCCGAGAUGUUCAUCCAGAAUGUCAUCCUGGUGUUCUUCUGUGUCGGAAUGAUCGCAGGGGUUUUCCCAUGGUUCCUCGUGGCAGUGGGGCCCCUCUUCAUCCUCUUUUCAGUUCUGCACAUUGUCUCCAGGGUCCUGAUUCGAGAGCUGAAGCGUCUGGACAAUAUCACGCAGUCGCCAUUCCUCUCCCACAUCACGUCCAGCAUACAGGGCCUUGCCACCAUCCAUGCCUACAAUAAAGGGCAGGAAUUUCUGCACAGGUACCAGGAGCUACUGGAUAACAACCAAAGUCCUUUCUUCUUGUUCACGUGUGCAAUGCGGUGGCUGGCUGUGCGGCUCGACCUGAUCAGCAUUGCCCUGAUCACCACCACUGGGCUGAUGAUUGUUCUCAUGCACGGGCAGAUUCCCCCAGCCUACUCGGGUCUUGCCAUCUCUUAUGCUGUCCAGUUAACGGGGCUGUUCCAGUUUACCGUCAGACUGGCGUCCGAGACAGAAGCUCGCUUCACCUCAGUGGAAAGGAUCAACCACUACGUCAAGACUCUCUCUUUGGAAGCACCUGCCAGAAUUAAGAACAAGGCUCCCUCUCCUGACUGGCCCCAAGAAGGAGAGGUGACCUUUGAGAAUGCAGAGAUGAGGUACCAAGAAAACCUCCCUCUGGUCCUGAAGAAAGUGUCCUUCACCAUCAAACCUAAGGAGAAGAUUGGCAUUGUGGGGCGGACGGGAUCAGGGAAGUCCUCUCUGGGGAUGGCCCUCUUCCGUCUGGUGGAGUUAUCUGGAGGCUGCAUCAAGAUUGACGGAGUGAGAAUCAGUGACAUUGGCCUUGCUGACCUCCGAAGCAAACUCUCCAUCAUUCCUCAAGAGCCAGUUCUGUUCAGCGGCACCGUCAGGUCAAAUUUGGAUCCCUUCAACCAGUACACUGAAGACCAGAUUUGGGAUGCCCUAGAAAGGACCCACAUGAAAGAAUGUAUUGCUCAGCUACCUCUGAAACUUGAAUCUGAAGUGAUGGAGAAUGGAGAUAACUUCUCAGUGGGGGAACGGCAGCUCUUGUGCAUAGCAAGAGCCUUGCUCCGUCACUGUAAGAUUCUGAUUCUAGAUGAAGCUACAGCUGCCAUGGACACAGAGACAGACUUACUGAUUCAGGAGACCGUCCGAGAAGCAUUCGCUGACUGCACCAUGCUGACAAUUGCCCAUCGCCUACAUACAGUCCUAGGCUCUGAUAGGAUUAUGGUGCUGGCCCAGGGACAGGUGGUGGAGUUUGACACCCCAUCGGUCCUUCUGUCCAACGACAGCUCCCGGUUCUAUGCCAUGUUUGCUGCUGCGGAGAACAAGGUCGCUGUCAAGGGCUAACUCCUCCCCACCACCACCGCCGAAGUCUCUUUUCUUUGGAGCAUUGCCAUUCCCUGCCUGGGGCGGGUCCCUCAUCGUGUCCUCCUGCCGAAACCUUGCCUUUCCCGAUUUUAUCUUUCGCACAGCAGUUCAGGAUUGGCUUGUGUGUUUCACUUUUAGGGAGAGUCAUAUUUUGAUUAUUGUAUUUAUUCCAUAUUCAUGUAAACAAAAAUCUAGUUUUUGUUCUUAAUUGCACUCGAAAAGGUUCAGGGAACCGUUAUUAUAAAUGUAUCAGAGGCCUAUAAUGAAGCUUUAUACGUGUAGCUAUAUCUAUAUAUAAUUCUGUACAUAGCCUAUAUUUACAGUGAAAAUGUAAGCUGUUUAUUUUAUAUUAAAAUAAGCACUGUGCUAAUAACAGUGCAAAUUCCUUUCUAUCAUUUUUGUACAGUUUGCUGUACUAGAGAUCUGGUUUUGCUAAUAGACUGUAGGAAGGGUAGCAUAUUGUUCUUCUGUAGCCGGUUGCUUCACGGUGCCGGGUUUUCUGGGUGUCCAAAUGAAGAUGUGUGGCAAUAGUGGGCCCUCCAGUGGCACCCUCUGCCACCCCCCCACCCCGCAACCACUCCAAGGCGGGGUCGAGGGGGUCGCUGGAGGCCAGGCAGAGCGCCGUGAAUUCUCAGGGCUCCUGCUUUCUGUCCUGUUGUCACGUCACUGUUUCUGUCAGGAGAGCAGUGGGGCAAAGCCCCAGACCCCUUUUCACUCCCUCCAUCAGGAAUGAGAAUCACAGAAGCGUUCCUCGGAGAGGGGAAGUUUCUUUCCUGCCUUCCUCUUUUUGCUGUUGUUUCUAAACAAGAAUCAAGUCUAUUCACAGAGUGUCCCACUGCCUCAGGUUCCUAACGCUGGCCACUGCACAGAGCUCUCCAGCUCCUAGACCUGUUGGUUCCACACCCUGGAGCCAGCUGCUGCUUUUUUCGGUGGUACUUUUUCGUUUGCCUGGUCCCACACCUCCGCAGUUCAGUGACAGGGUUCAGGAUUUUGUGGGUCUGUUUUCCUUUCUCACUGCAGUUGUCGCACAGUCUCUUUCUCUCUCCAAAGUCUGCGACUUUAAGCAGCUCUUGCUAAUCAGUGUCUCACACUGGUGUAGAAGUUUUUUGUACUGUAAAGAGACCUACCUCAGGUUGCUGAUUGCUGUGUGGUUCGGUGUGUUCCCGCAAACCCCCUUUGUGCUGUGGGGCCAGUAGCUCAGGUGGGCGUGGUCGCUGCUGUCAUCAGUUGAAUGGUCAGCGUAGCAUGUCGUGACCAACUAGACAUUCUGUCGCCUUAGCAUGUUUGCUGAACACCUUGUGGAAGCAAAAAUCUGAAAAAAGUGAAUAAAAUUAUUUUGGAUUUUGUAAAACUCUUGGUGUAUA